UAUAUAUAGUGUGGCAUAGGCAAUAAACAAAAUCAUCAUCAACCUUUGGUAAAAAUUAGCGGUAGCUCUAGUCUCUAAGAUAUGGGAGACGGUGUGUUUGGCAACCCCAUUACUGACAUAACUUUAGAGGGACUGCCUGAGUAUGAGGGGAAAGACAUAAUUGUAGGGGGAUUGCCUGAGUAUGAGGGGAAAAAAAUACGAAACAUAGACAGAGCUCGAGUGGCUAUGCGUUGGAAAAAUGCUGAGAGAAAGGAUUUCAAUGCUCUCCAGUAUGUGCAGAAUCUCAAGGAAAAUUGCGAGGAUAAUGUCGCGACGCUUUGCCUUAUCUACAAUGCCACUGGAGACGUUGUAGAAUAUGCUGCCCACUAUGACCAGCUUGGACACCUUGGAGCUGCUCCAUACCCAUCUAUAAUCGAAAACGGACAAUGGGGUGCCUUUCUGCAUCGCAAAGUUACCGACGGAUAUUACUCAGGCUCCGUUGGAGGUGUUGUGUAUCGCGGCAAGAACGGAGAUGAUGCUGAUUGUGAUUGGUUGGUGGCAUGGAACAACCCUACCGAUAAAAAUAAAUGGGUAAACAGGGCAUAUACAGAGGUUCGUGAAAUAAACCACUUUAACGGUAUUUGGAAUGCGAUACAUGGUCGUAUGGAUGCCUCCGGCGUUCAUUCCAAAAGCGAGUCGCAUGGAUGCUUGUCAUAUGCCUCGAUUGGUAGUGACAGGUUUGCCAUAUUCAGGGCAAUACUCACUCUGCAAAAUGUAUUUCAGAAAUAGUACUACUUAACUAGCUACCUACUGCAAUUUAUAUAUAUUGCAGCAACCAUGUAAGAAGAAUCCAUAAAAUAUUGCUUUAUAAGUACAUGUAUGUUGUGUGGAAUAUUGCCAUUAUCAUAUGGCAAUGUAAUGUGUGUCUAGCUAUCUUUGAAUUUAGGGUGGAUAUUUACUGCAAUUUAUAUAUAGUGCAGCAACCAUGUAAGAAGAAUCCAUAAAAUAUUGCUAUAUAUGUAUAAGUCUCUGGUGUGGACUAAUGCCAUUAUCAUAUGGCAUUGUAACGUGUGUCUAGCUCUCUUUGAAUUUAGUGUGGAUAUUCAAUAAACUAUUACGAAUUAAUAGCA